UCCUCCAUGGUGAAUAAACAGUUAACCAGAAGAGAAUGUCACGGCAACACUUCUUCCCCAAUCCCCAAACUGAAACCCUCGAUCGACACCAUUUCCCCCAAUCUCCAAACCCCGGCGAGCUCGCCGGCGGCCGCAGCCGUGCCGAUCCGUCCCCGCUUCAGCUUCCCCCGGAUGACCUGCUCAGGGAGAUCCUCCUCCGCCUCCCGCCGGAGCCCAUCCACCUCUUCCGCGCCUCCGUCGUCUCCAAGCACUGGCGCAGCCUCGUCCACGACGCCCGCUUCCGCCGCCGCUUCCGCGAGUUCCACGGGGGCACGCCUCCCGUGCUCGGCUUCUUCCACAACCAGCUGGGGCAUUCCCUCUUCGUCCCCACCUCUGGCGGCUUCGCGCUCUCCACCGCCUCGAUGCGCCACGGCGAGUGGCGGACCCUCGACUGCCGCCACGGCCGCGCCCUCCUGCACAACAACCGCACCAGGACGCUCCUCGUCUGGGACCCCAUGACCGGCGACGAGCGCUACCUACCAUUCCCCACUCAAGCCCAUCUGGAGAUUGUCCAGUACGAUGGCGCGGUUCUCUGCGCGGCUGGCCACUCGGACCACGGCGACUGCCAUUGGUGCCCGUUCCUCGUGGCAUUCGUGUUCAGCAACCACAGAGAUCUCAUCACCUCUGCCUGCGUCUACUCGUCCGAGACCGGCGUUUGGGGUGAGAUCACUUCGAUUCAUAUUCGAGAUUCAAUAGUUGAUGCAAGCCCGACAGCUCUGCUUGGAAGCACACUUUACUGGCUGUCUGAAAAUGAUAGCAUCAUUGAGUUAGAUUUGGAUAAGAAUAGCUUGGAUUUCAUCGAGGUGCCAUAUGCCGGACAGAUUAUCAUCAUACUGAUAGAGGAUGGUGGUCUAGGUUUUGCCGGUGUUGAUCAAUUCAGCCUUCAUUUCUGGUCAAGGGCAGCUAGCAUCGAUGGGGUAAGAUCAUGGACACAUCGCAGGGUCAUUGAUCUGGAGAAACUUCUUGCACCAGAAGUAGUGGCAGCGUGUAUGAAUCGAGUGUUUCCAGUUGGCUACGCUGAAGACGCUAAUGUGAUCUUCAUUUAUGUGUAUCCAAGCAUCUAUAUGAUCCAUCUGAACUCCAUGCAUAUUGAGGAGGUGUCAGAGAAAGGGACCUAUUGGUUUGUCUUUCCUUACACAAGUUUCUACACCCCAGGAAUCACCACUGGUGGUGGAGAUGAUCAAGCUGUACUGUUGAACGGCAGUUGAGAGAUGAUUGUGCUUUCACAUCUUCUGUCACACUUCUCUGGUCUAAGAGGUACCCAGGUUCUUUGUUGCUGUGACUACAUGCUGGUUCUUUAGCAUUUUGUAAAUGUUCGCGGCUCAAUGUGGCUGUACAAGUCGCCAAAUGUGAUGCUAACCUUGCAAAAGGUGCUGAAUUAAUCAUCGGAUGUUAUCUUUAGCGAUUUCUAUGUGCGUUAACAAACUUUAACAGCGCUUGGUAAAAACUAAAAAGUAUGUCAGACGUCAGAAUAUUGUUGUUGAGAAGAUGGCAUUUGUUUGGCCUCUUGUGUGUUCUGUUUGUGCUUCUAGUAAUGCUUGAUGGUGCAUUUGUGCCAAACCGGCGUGUUGUUUCCGUCGGUCUGUAAUCCUGCUCUCUCGAUAUAUGAUAUGACUUGGGUGCAUGUCUGUUACACUAA